AUGGUCAUCAACACAGAGACAUGCUCGUUCAGCGAAAUGAAAGUUUGGCCAGGACGUGGAAGCCGCUUCGUAACAAAGGACGGAAAGAUCCAUAUGUUCAUUGGCUCCAAAGUGAGGUGCCUUUUCCAUCAAAGAGUCAAGCCAGUCAAGCUCACAUGGACACAGACCUGGAGACGUGAAAAUAAGAAAGGAAGAGUCGAAACUAUCAAGAAGCGCAGAGUCCGUAAGGUUGGAAAGAUCCAAAAAGCUUACGUCGGAGCCACUUUAGAUGAUAUUAAGAGGACCAGGGAAGAAAAACCAGAAUUAAGACAGGCGAAAAGAGAACAGGCUAUUAGAGAAAUUAAAGAAAGACAAAAGAAACAGCAAGCACAGCACCAGAAGUUCGAAAAACAGCCUAAGCAAGCUGCACCUAAGGUGAUCAAGACAAAGGGUAAAAGAAAGGGACCUUCAUAA